AUGAAGCGGUGCUACGACUUUCUGGAGAUGACCUCGCGCUCGUUCGCGGCGGUAAUUCAGGAGCUGAAUCCGAGGCUGCGCGACGGCAUUUGCCUCUUCUACCUGGUGCUGCGUGGGCUGGACACCAUCGAGGACGACAUGACGAUCCCGGGCGCAAAGAAGCGCAACCUGCUGGAGAAGUUCCAUGAGCUGAUUUACGUCGAGGGCUGGACGUUUGAGGAUUCGGGGCCCGACGAGAAGGAUGCGCAGCUGCUGGUCGAGUUCGACGUUGUCAUCCGCGAGUUCAUGCGGCUGCCGACCGAGUACCAGGACGUGAUUGCGGAUAUCACAAAGAAGAUGGGCGCAGGCAUGGCCGAGUUCACGGUGCGGCGCGUGGUGUCGCUGGAUGACUACAACCUGUACUGCCACUACGUUGCUGGGCUGGUGGGGCAUGGGCUGAGCCGGCUGUUUGCGGCGUCCGGGCUCGAGGACAAGUCUGUGGGCGAGAACCUGGACCUGGCCAACUCGAUGGGCCUGUUUUUGCAAAAGACAAACAUCACGCGUGACAUCAACGAGGACGUGCUUGACGGGCGGUGCUUCUGGCCCGCGGAGAUCUGGAAGCGGUACGCCAGCGACACGGACGAGAUUAUCGCCAAGCGGAACCGCGGGCGCGGCAUGGAGGCGCUCAACGAGAUGUGCGUCAAUGCCCUGGCGCACAUCCCCGACUGCAUGCAGUACCUGGAGAGCAUCCACGAGCCGAGCGUGUUCAAGUUCUGUGCGAUCCCGCAGGUCAUGGCCAUUGCCACGCUGACGCUGUGCUACGACAACGCGCGUGUGCUGGACGAGAACGUCAAGAUCCGCAAGGGCGAGGCGCUGUGGCUGAUUUCCAAGUCAGCGGACAUCGAGUCUGUGCGGCACGUGUUCUACAUGUAUCUGGUGCAGCUCGAGCGGAAGAACCACGAGGGCAUCCCCAUGUACGAGGAGGUCAAGAAGAUUGUCGACAGGACCAAGCGCGAUCUGGUGGUCAAGAUGAAGAGCAAGCCGGAGAACCUCACGUACGAGUAUAUGGCGCUGGCGCUGUUUGUCUUUGCCAUGGUGGCUUUCUACCUCUAUCUGCCGCAGAUAAGGGAGGAUGCGUCGUACCGUGUUUAG